CCUAUAUAUACCCCAUUUGGCAUCCUCAUUCAUUCGGACAAAUCUCACCUGUACUCGUCACAAGUUCGAAUCUUAACAACUAUUGACUACCCCAUUUCCUUUUACAAGCUUCCCCCGAGUUCGAUUACCUGCCUUUCCCGCUACCGAAAAUGGUUAAAUCCUUACCAAAGCAGAAACCCCAAAACAGCACAGAGAAAACGCAACCAAAUUUCAAGGGAGUGCGAAUGAGAAAAUGGGGGAAAUGGGUUUCCGAAGUGAGAAUGCCCAAUUCCCGAGCUAGAAUUUGGCUAGGGUCUUACGACACUCCUCAGCAGGCCGCUCGCGCUUACGACUCUGCAGUUUAUUGCCUCAGAGGAUCGAAUGCCAAGUUCAAUUUCCCCGACUCUUUGCCGGAAAUUCCGUCGGCCUCUUCGCUAUCUCCCGCUGAGAUUCAAUCUGUUGCAGCCAAGUUUGCCGUGGAAGAAUUCCGGCAGCCGCUGGACUAUAACACUACAGUUUCUGGUUCGGAAUCGCGGUCGUGUGUAGACAGCGAAGAAAGUUUAGAGGAACAAAAUUGGAAAUUGUUGGAUUCACUUCUUGAAGAUGUUGAGAGCGGACUGCCUUCAAAUUUAGAGAACUUUCUUUCAUUAGAGGAUUUGAUUUAUUGUUUAAAUUGUUUUAUUUCUCUUCUUUGUUUUCCUUGUUUUGCUUUCUCUCCUCUCUACUUGUCAGCCUCCCUAACUUAUCCUUCCUCUUUUUUUACUCCACACCUAUAUUUAAGAGUUUGCUAA